CGCACGGCGUCUGCUCCCCAUGCGUGCCCUCCUCCGCUAGUUAUCUCUUCGGAAGGCCAGGGUUCUCCGCAUUCACGUAUCAACGGUGGGGCGUGUCGGCCGACAGUUGAGCAACGAUGCGAUACCACGUUGUCGUGCUUUCUUCUUCUUCCUCUUCCUUCCUAUUUCCUUCUCACUCCCCCUCUCUACAUAGGUUUAUACCGUACUCUUUGCUCACUCAAGCUAGCCAUCCAUCAUGGCCGACAUCGAGAAGGCGCACGAUUACCACAUCGACCCGGAGCUGGAGAAGAAGGUUCCCCCGGCCUACGCUGACGCCAUUCGCCGCGGCAGCGUGCCCGAGGAGAUUCUCAAGCACUCGCACGAUGCGGACGAGGCGUUGAAGGCGGUGCAGUUGCACGAGGGCCAGGUGCUGGUGCUCGACGAGGCGACGAACAAGCGGAUUCUCAGACGCAUUGAUUAUAACCUUUUGCCGGUUAUGUGUGUUGUGUAUGGGCUCAACUUCCUCGACAAGGUCUCAAUCUCGUAUGCUGCAAUCAUGGGGCUUGAGAAGGACAUUGGACUCAAAGGGAACGAGUACGAAUGGCUUGGAAGCAUGUUCUAUUUCGGCUACAUCGCUUGGGAAUAUCCCACGAACCGACUGCUGCAGAGACUGCCCAUCGGCAAAUACAGUGCAGGCUGCGUGAUCGCCUGGGGCGCUGUGCUCACCUGUUUCGCGGGUGUGACGGAUUUCGGCGGCGCGGUCGCCGUUCGUUUCUUCCUCGGUGUCUGCGAGAGUGCCGUCACGCCUGGCUUCGCGCUGAUUACCUCGCAAUGGUACACCAAGAAGGAACAGGGCACCCGCACUGGUAUAUGGUUCAGUUUCAACGGUUUCGCACAGAUCUUCGGAGGCCUGGUAGCCUAUGGAAUCGCCAAGGGCGUCAACAAGGAUGGCGCGUCGCUUGCGGGCUGGCAGAUCAUCUUCCUGACUAUUGGCCUGCUGACGAUGUCGAUUGGCAUCAUCUUCUUAUUCGUUGUCCCCGACAACCAGUUGAACGCGAGAUGGCUGUCGGAAGAGGACCGCUACCUCGCUAUUGAGCGCAUCCGAGUCAACCAGCAGGGGGUCGGAAACAAGCACUUCAAGUGGUACCAGUUCCGAGAAGCCUUGACCGAUCCCCUGACUUGGGCCAUUGUCUUUUACGCGCUCGUAGCCGACAUCCCCAACGGCGGCAUCACCAACUUCUUCGCCCAGCUCAUCGAAGGCUUCGGCUACACCGAAGAACAGUCCCUGCUUUACGCCGCUCCCGCCGGCGCCGUCGAAGUCGUCACCCUGGUCGCCGGCGGCUUCCUGGGCGACCGUUACGGGAACCGACUGCUGGUUUCCACCUUUGGCCUCGUGACCGGCAUCACCGGCGUGGCGCUCAUCGUCGGGCUGCCGUUGGGCAACGACAAGGGUCGGCUGGCGGGCUACUACCUUUAUAACGCCGUGGCAAUGCCUUUCGUAGCGCUGCUCGCUCACAUUUCUUCGAAUAUUGCUGGCUACACGAAGAAAACCACCGUCGCGGCCUUGUACCUGAUCGGGUACUGUGUUGGCAACAUCAUCGGACCGCAGGUCUUCCGGCCACAAGACGCACCGCGCUACAUCCCCGCCGUCAUUACCAUCCUCUGCUGCCUGAGCGUGUGUCUGUUGGACAUUCUGUUCAUCUACUGCUACUGCCGCAUGCAGAAUAAGAAGAAAGCGGCCAUGCGCGCAGAGCCUGGGUACGUGAAGCUGGAGAAUCAGGAGUUCUUGGACCUGACGGAUCGGGAGAAUCCCGAGUUUACGUACACGUUGUAG